UAUCUAUUAGCUAGCUCAUCCCUUCAUUCUCUUUCCCAAGUGCUCUCACUGAGCUUAGUCCCAUUCUCCUCCUCCUCUUCUUCAUCAUCGACCGAUCCUUCAUCCGAUCCCUGGCACGUCGAUGAAUCCCGAGACGAUAGUAAUGUACCCGGCCCCCGGGAUUGGCCACAUGAUCUCAAUGGUCGAGCUCGGGAAGCUCAUCCUCCGCCACCACAGCACCGACCUCUCCGUCACCAUCCUCCUAACUGCCGGCUGCAUGGACUCCCCCUCGGUCGACUCCUAUAUUGCCUCCAUCUCCCGAUCUCACCCGGCCAUUUCCUUUGUUCGGUUCCCCGCCCUAGCCGAGGAUCCUGAAAUGGUCCGGAGGCACAGCCGCCCUGCCGUCGUCUUCGACUUCAUCAACCGCAACGCCCCCAACUUCCGCCGCUCCCUGCUCGAGAUAGCAGCCGGCGGCGGCCGUGUCAGGGCGGCCGUGAUCGACAUGUUCUGUGGCUCAGCGCUGCCGGUGGCCCGGGAACUCGGCGUCCCGGUCUACUACUUCUAUACGUCCGGGGCCUCGGACCUUGCUGCCUUCCUUUUCUUCCCGACCAUCCUCGAAAAGUUAGAUAAGAGCCUCAAGGAUCAACAGGGCGUUUUGCUCAACCUCCCUGGCGGGCUGCCGCCCCUCAAGGCCACUGAGAUGCCGGAGCCGACCCUUGACAAGGACGACCCCGCUUUCUCCAAUAUGCAUGAAUUCUGCUUCUUCCUGGCGAAGUCGGAUGGGAUACUAGUCAAUACGUUCGAGGAGCUGGAGCCUACUGGGCUCCGGGCCCUCACCAGCGGCGUUUGCGUCCCCGGUGGCCCGACACCGCCUAUCUUCUGCAUUGGACCGCUCGUCAGUGGGCCGGAAAGCUGGGCUACUCACAGCAUCGGUGUCCAAGACGACCUGGCAUGGCUCGACCGGCAGCCAAGCAACAGGGUCCUAUUCCUCUGCUUCGGGAGUCGGGGAACAUUCACGGCUGCGCAGGUCAAGGAGAUCGCUAUCGGGCUGGAGCAGAGUGGGCAGCUGUUCUUUUGGGUGCUGAAGAGGCCGGCCUCUAAUGAGAUCAGCAAGCAGGUGCAUACGAACCUGUUCGAGUUCAACCUCGAGAGCGUGCUCCCAGACGGGUUCCUGGAGAGGACUAGGGACCGAGGGAGGGUCGUGAAGUCGUGGGCCCCACAGGUGGAAGUACUGACCAAGGAAUCGGUCGGGGGCUUCAUGACGCACUGCGGGUGGAACUCGGUGCUGGAGGCGGUAGUGGCUGGGGUCCCGAUGAUCGCGUGGCCGCUCUAUGCUGAGCAACACUUGAACAGGAACAUCCUGGUGGAGAACAUGAGAAUGGCAAUCGCGGUGGAGGAGGGCGGUGACGGUAUCGUGGGCUGGAAAGGGGUGGAGAGGGCGGUGACGGAGUUGAUGGCCGGGGAAGGAGGGAAGGAGCUGAGGGAGAAGAGCUUGAGGAUGAAGGAGAAGGCCAAGGAGGCUUUGCAGGAGGGUGGGUCCUCCCUCAACAACCUCGCAAAGUUAGUUGACAUUUGGAAGGCCUCCUAGUUCCCAAAACCAAGUAACGGCAUAUCCCAUGUUCCAUUACGGACCUGCUUUGUGACCGAAAAAUGAAUUAAUAAUAAACAGUCCUUACAAUGACUUUAGAAUGAAUCAUAUAUGUAUGUGUGGCCGAUCUUAGAAUAUGGGAUCAAAAUGUUCUCUGACGGCAGGUGGUUGAUGGUCAUUUUUCUCUUUUGUUCUAUACGAUGCACAAUUACGGUUGA